CUCAUGACUGGAAAACUCUCCUAAGACCUCAUCUACCACUGAGUGUAACCUGCACCCUGAGGAUCAUGUUACCCUGUUUAAAUGUUGCUGUGGUCCUCUGUCUCCUGCAGGUCCUCUGCAUCACUGCGGACAUAGACAGCGGCUCCUUCCUGAUCUACAAUGAGAACCACAACAAGUGCAUAAAGGUGGAGAGUGCCACCUCCAUGACGGUGGCCCCCUGUGACCCUCAUGCCAAAGCGCAGCAGUUUCGUUGGGCCUCCGAAUCGCGCGUCCUCAGUCUGUCCCUCAAGCUCUGUUUGGGGGCCACAGAGAUUAAAGACUGGGUGAAGGUGCUCCUCUAUGAAUGUGAUGAGAGCAGUCAACUCCAACGUUGGGAGUGCAAGAACGAGACCCUCUUUGGCCUAAAAGACCAGGACCUGCACUUAAACUGGGGCAACCGCAAUGAGAGGAGCAUAAUGAUCUACAAAGGCUCAGGGCUCUGGAGUCGCUGGAGGAUAUUUGGCACCCGUGGUGAUCUUUGUUCGAAGGGCUUUCAAGAGGUUUUCACCCUAGGGGGAAAUGCCUUUGGAGGCCCCUGUCAGUUCCCAUUUAAGUUUGGGGAGAAGUGGUACGCUGAAUGCACAAAGGAAGGUCGCUCAGAUGGACAGCUGUGGUGUGCAACAGAGAGAGAUUACGACAAACAGAAGUUGUGGGGCUUUUGUCCCACCGAAGCCUCCUCAGGUUGGGACACUGACCCGGUCACGGGGGUUCAGUAUCAGAGGAACGCACAGUCAGUGUUGACCUGGUAUCAGGCCAGGAAGAGCUGCCAGCAGCAGGGAGCCGACCUCCUCAGCAUUGUAGAGCUACACGAGCAGUCAUACAUUUCAGGGCUGACAGGUUAUUUGGGAACGUCUCUGUGGAUCGGACUGAACAGCAUGGAUUUUGAAAGUGGAUGGCAGUGGAGCAACGGAAACCCGUUCAGAUAUUUAAACUGGGCUCCAGGUCAUCCUUCGUCAGAGCCCGGGCUCACCUGCGCAACCCUAAAUGCUGCAAAAUCCUCAAAAUGGGAGAGCAGCGCCUGCUCCAAGAAACUUGGUUACAUUUGUCGCAAAGGAAACUCGACCAGUCUGCCUCCACCACCAAGCAAAGACCAGCCCAGCUUCUGCCCCUCUCACUGGGUUCCAUAUGCAGGUAACUGCUACUACCUGCAGAGGACGGCUAAGAUGUGGAAGGACGCUUUGGCUGCAUGUCACAAAGAGGGAGCAGACUUGGCUAGCAUACACAAUAUAGAAGAGCAGAGCUUCAUUAUAGCUCAGUCUGGAUACUUGGCGACAGAUAUGCUCUGGAUUGGCUUGAAUGACCAGAGGAACCAGAUGCUGUUUGAAUGGUCCGAUCGCUCCCACGUUACCUUCACCCAGUGGCAGACUGGUGAGCCCUCUCACGCCACCAACCACCAGGAGGACUGUGUCCUCAUCAGAGGAAAGGACGGGAGGUGGGCUGACCACAUGUGUGAGAAGUCAUAUGGAUACAUCUGUAAGAAGAAAGCCUCAACUAAACCAUCUGAAGGCGCUCAAGAAGAAGCCAACCCAGGCUGCAAACUUGGCUCAUUCAGGUUUGGCUCUUAUUGUUACAACAUUGGAUCUGAGUCAAAAACCUUUGAUGACGCAAAGCGGGCCUGCUCAGCAGCUGGAGCUUACGUGGUGGAUGUGGCUGAUAGAUAUGAGAAUGCCUUUUUGAUCAGUUUGGUGGGUUUGAGACCAGAGAAAUAUUUCUGGACGGGACUCUCCAACACAGAUGACGUAACCACUUUCAGGUGGACCACCAGAAGAAAAGUCACAUUCACGCAUUUCAAUGUGGGCAUGCCAGACAGAAAAAAAGGAUGUGUUGCAAUGACAACUGGGGUUUUUGCUGGAUUAUGGGAUGUCGUCAGCUGCAGCAACAAGGAGAAGUAUAUCUGUAAGAAACCAGCGGAGGGUGUGCCGGUGACAACAGUCCCACCCACCACCAUGGCCCUGAGCUGUGAGUCUGGGUGGACCCCCGUUAGCGGGAGGAACAUCUGCUACAAACUUUACAAAAAAUCGUUAAAACUUAAGAAGACUUGGCUUGAAGCGCGGGAUUUCUGCAGGGCCAUUGGUGGAGAUCUGAUGAGCAUAACCAGUGGCAACGACCUAAACAACUCUCCGUUUUCCUCCAACAAAAUGUGGAUUGGCCUCAGCCUUGGUGCCAACGAAGGCUUCGAAUGGAGCGACGGCUCACCUUUCAACUAUGAGAACUGGGGCUUUGGGGAACCAAACAACCACAAUGACAACGAACACUGUGCAGAAAUUCGCAUGGUCUACGGACCGUACUGGAACGAUGCGCACUGUGAGGCCUACAAUGACUGGAUCUGCCAGAUAAACAAAGGGGUCACUCCCAAACCUGAGCCUGUCUACGUUGCACCAGUAUACAACACCACAGAAGAUGGCUGGCUUAUAUACAAUGAGUCACAGUAUUUCAUCAACAAUGACAGAGUAGACAUGGAAUCUGCUAGAGCCUUCUGCAAAAAGAGCUUUGGUGAACUGGCAGUCAUCACAGGAGAGACUGAGAGGAAGUUCCUUUGGAAACAGAUAGUGAAAGGCGGAGCAGAACAGUACUACAUUGGAAUGACAGUGAAUUUGGAUAAGUCGUUUAGCUGGGUGGAUGGCACCCCUGUAUCGUACACUGCAUGGGAAAAGAAUGAACCCAACUUUGCUAAUAAUGAUGAAAACUGUGUGACUAUAUACAAGAGCAUGGGGUUCUGGAAUGAUAUUAACUGUGGUCUGGAGCUACCUUCUAUUUGCAAAAGAAACAGUAAUUUUGUCAACGCAACAAUGGCCCCAACCACUAUUCCUAAGGGAGGAUGUGCACCAGAGUGGCUUGCUUUCCAAGGAAAGUGCUACAAAAUAGUUGUGGGGGAUGACAACAAGAUCUGGCAGGAUGCCAGGAAGUACUGCUUAAACCAGGGAGGAAAUCUGGUUUCUAUCCUGAAUGAGAGAGAGCAAGCAUUCCUGACAACGCAGAUGCUGGGAUACACUGAGGACUUGUGGAUCGGCAUGAAUGACGUCAACUGGGAGAUGCACUUUGUGUGGACCGAUGGAAAAGGCAUUUCAUACACCAACUGGGCAAAGGGACAUCCAGCCUCAACACCUGAUGGACGUUAUUCAUUCAUGGAAGAGACAUUUGACUGUGUGAUUAUGGUGGCCAGUUCCCCCAAAUCAACUGGAUUCUGGAAGGUAGAAGACUGCCACUCAAAACGUGGCUUCAUCUGUAAAAGAAGCAUUGACUCUCAGAUUGUAGUCCCAGCCACAACUGUGCUGCCAAAGGCUUUCUACAAACUCGGCAAUGACUCCUACAAGCUGGUGGCCCAGAAGAUGAGAUGGGACGAGGCGAGGAGGCAGUGCCAAGCAGACGACGCAGAUCUGGCCAGUAUCCUGAACCCUGUCACCCAGGCUUACAUCACCUUGCAGAUUGCCAAGCACAAUGAGCCCGUGUGGAUCGGCCUCAACAGCAAUGUGACUGGUGGGAGGUACAAAUGGGUUGAUAACUGGAGGCUGGCUUAUACCAAAUGGGGUGAAAAUGAGCCUAAACACAACUACGGCUGUGUUUAUAUGGACGUUGACAGAAAAUGGAAGACUGCACCGUGCACUGAGACCCACUACUCUCUUUGCAAGAGGUCACCAGAUAUAGCGCCCACAGAGCCUCCGCAACUCCCCGGCAACUGUCCAGAACCAAAAAAAAAGAAAACCUGGAUACCUUUCAGAGGCCACUGUUAUGCUUUCCUCAGCUCAUUGGUGGACAACUGGGCCCACGCGUCAGUUGAAUGUCUGAAAAUGGGUGCUUCUCUGGUGAGUAUUGAGGACCCUCAGGAGGCUCUGUUCAUACAACACAACCUGGAGAUUCUGCAGGACGAGGCCAAGUCCUUCUGGAUCGGCCUUUACAAGACUCAUGAAGGUGAGUGGAUGUGGAUCGAUAACAGCGCGGUGGACUACACCAAUUGGAAAACAGGGAUGCCAAAGUCAGAAUCAUGUGUGGACAUCAACUCUGAGAGUGGCCAGUGGAGCACAAACAGCUGCAGCAGAUACCGCUCGUACAUCUGCAAAACAGCCAAAGUUAUUACGCCUACAGAAAAGCCACCUGCUGUUGCCCAAGUGGUUAAAGAACCUUCUCACGGGUCUGCUGGCAUCACUGUGGCCGUAGUGCUGGUGGUAAUCGCCGUAAUCGGACUCGGCGCCUUCCUCCUCUUCCGUAAACGGAUACCCACCCCCGUCUUGGGAGAAAACACCUUUGACAACAAGUUAUACUUCAACAAUCCAAUCCGAGCGCCUGUAGACACCAAGGGCCUGGUCGCCAACAUAGAGCAGAACGAACAAGCAUAAAAAGACACAAGAUCAGUGGUAAUCAGCACAAAAUGGUGGUUUCAUACAUUUUACUGGGAUCUCAACCAAACCCUGUAGUGUUUCUCCAUUUAAAGAGGACAAGAUCAAAGAUAAUUAUUAUAUAAUAAUUCAUACAAG